GCAAUUGAAUUUCAAACACAAACAACCGCAUGGGGCACGGGCCCACCGCCGCCGCGCCGCGCCGCUCCUAGUACCGCGGGCCGGGGCCGCCGCCGCCCCCCCGCCCCGGGCUCUCCGCCGGGCCCGCCGCGCUGGGGGGUAGGAGAAGCCGCUGGUUCUCCUCCUCUUCCUCCCCCCCUUUCCUUUUAUUAUUAUUAUUAUUUUUUAUUUUUAUUUUUUCUUUGCUAAUUCCUGUCUCGCCGGGUUUUGCCUCCUAAACUUCAUCCUUAACCCCCCCCUCCCCUGCCCGUCCCCCCCCCCAUCCCCCCCUCAACGUUCCCGGGAGGAGCCACCGGCAAAGAUGUCCCGGUCCAACCGGCAGAAGGAAUACAAAUGCGGCGACCUGGUCUUUGCCAAGAUGAAGGGUUACCCGCACUGGCCUGCCCGGAUUGAUGAGAUGCCAGAAGCUGCAGUAAAAUCUUCCUCCAAUAAAUACCAAGUCUUCUUCUUUGGGACCCAUGAAACGGCAUUCCUGGGGCCCAAAGACCUCUUCCCCUAUGAAGAAUGCAAGGAGAAGUUUGGGAAACCCAACAAACGGAAAGGGUUCAGCGAAGGUUUGUGGGAGAUCGAGAACAACCCCACCGUCAAAGCCUCCGGCUACCAGCCUACCCAGAAGAAGACCUGCCCCGAGGACGCCGAGCCAGAACGGGAGCCAGAGGGUGACGGGGAGAAGAAGGGCAACACAGAGGGCAGCAGCGAUGAGGAGGGGAAGCUGGUGAUCGACGAGCAGUCCAAGGAGAAGAACGAGAAAGCUGGGAUCAAGAGGAAAGCGGAAGAUGCUUUGGAGGACUCCCCCAAACACACUAAGGAGGCAGAGGGGCAGGAAGGGGAGAAGAAGGUAGACAACAAAGAGGCCCCCAAAGAGGAGCCGAAACCCAACCUGGCUGAAGGGGAGAAGGAGAAGAACAGUGACGCCGCCAGUGUGCUGGACGCCAAUGAAGCCAAGCAGGAGAGCAAGGAGAAGGCAGGCGCGGAGGAGGUCAGAGACCACAAGGAGAGCCUGUAGUGGCCUCCCCGGCAAGCUGAUCUUCCUGCCUGUCCCUUCCCCGCUGGGCUCCCUGGGCACUGCCCUAUCUCGCCCUCAUCGCGUCCGCAGCUCUGGACAAGAGAAACAAAACCCAAAAUGAAAUUUUAAAAAAAAAAAAAAAAAAAAAAAAAAAGAGAGAGAGAGAAAGAGAGAAAGAAAUGAAGAGAAACCCGGUAACACGAACCCCUGAACCGACCCGCAUCUCCUGGCCCUGCCGUCGCGGGGCGCAUGCUUUGUAUUAGUGAUUUCUAGGGGGCUGAUCAGUUGAUUUGAAAUAAAAGCAAUUCAUGCCUUUUUAAA